AUGGCGCUCAACAGAAACACGGCGGCGUGGGAUAUUUUGUACGCGUUGGCUCUGGAUGGCGUGCCGUGUGACGCGCCCUCCGACAGGAGAGUGGCCGAUGGCACGGCGGCGGAAGAAAUGGCUGAGCAGCUUGAAGGGCAUCGCGUGAAGCCUCCGCAGCCGGUGGGCAUCAGGAGCAAAACGGUGGAUCUUGACAGCAUGCGGCCUGCGAUGGAUGCAUCGGGCCUGCUCUUGGAGGCGGAGAAGUUGCUGCUGCAUGAAUGGCCACAAACUUCCGUUACGGACAGGACCUCCUCCUUUGGUGACGGUUUGGCUCGUGCGAUGGGGCCGGAUGCGGCGACGUGGAAUCUCAACGAGGCGCAGGGUCUUCCACAGCCAACGGAGUCAUCAUUCCCAGGAGCUACAGUAGCGGCAGCAGUGAGCGAUGUACCACGGAGCUCAUUUUACCCGUUGAAGGCGGGACGCCCAAGUGAAAUGUUAACGGCGAUGAAUGAAGGAAGCCCCGUGCAGGGAAGCAGCAAGAUGAAGAGCGUGACACUACCCGGUACAUCUGGUGACACAUGCUGGCACCUUUGUGAGCAACAUGUCGGAGGUGUGGAGCAAACGCAGGGACAGGAGGGGAAGACUCACGCAGAAAAAUUAUGCAUGGAGCCCGGGAGCCACGACGGGACUUCUGCAGCUAUCAGCUACGGCGAUAGUUGGAAUCACAAUCGCAGGGGUGAGAGCGUUCACGUGGAAGAUGAAACAUAA